AUGGUUAUGGGCCUAUCUAUGAAACCUGAAAGAAAUCAAUCCAAUAAAUUCAAACUGAUUGACAACAGCAUGACUUGGCCACAGGCUCAGAAGUACUGCAGAGAAAAUCACACUGACCUGGUCAGUGGACUCAGUCAGAUACAAGAUGCAGAAUACAAUAAAAAUAAUGAAAACAAGAGGAUUUGGAUCGGCCUGUUCAGAGACACCUGGAGGUGGUCAGAUGGGAGCAGUUCCUCCUUCAGAAGCUCCGAUCUGGAGUUAUUUAAAAAAGAAGGUGGCAACAAGAAAUGUGCCAUGACUGAGUUAAAUGGAUCUGGAAAAUGGGACUCUGAUGAUUGCAAUAAAACAAAACCCUUCUUCUGCUAUGAUGAUAAAGUGAUCCUUAUCAAAGAAAACAAAAACUGGACGGAUGCCUUAAAAUACUGCAGAGAGAACUACAGUGACCUGGUCUCCAUCACUAACCCUCACCAGCAGAGAUGGGUCCAAGAGAGAGCCAAGAACGCCUCAAGUGAUUUCGUCUGGCUGGGACUGCGCUACACCUGCACUCUGGAUUUGUGGUUCUGGGUCAGUGACGAGCUGGUCUGCUAUGAGAACUGGGCCCCAAAUGAAAACACUGAUGGGUGUGACCUGACUGCAGCCAUGGACAGCAAAAAAACACAUAAGUGGCACAGGAAGCGUGAAAAUGAGCUGUUUCAUUUCAUCUGUGCUGUAUAGUAAGUUCUAAUCAUACACCCUAAGUCACUGGUGACAGACUUCAUAU